UCGAAGUCCUAGAUUCCAAAACAAGCUGAGAGACCUCCUGGAGUCGGGACGAGUGUUUGGUUUUUGGUCUCGGGUGAUUCCGUACGCAUAUGAAAUUUCUCCUCCAUCAUUCACCAUAACAAAAUUGAAUCCUUUUAGAGAAUAAGCCACGACACCACCCCCACCAAUCCAACCCCAAAAGCAUAAACAUCCACCAUCAUUUUUAUCAGAUUCAAAUUCAGCAAAUUUUUUUAGGUGUGGAGGCUACCUUGAGGAGGAGGAGAUCCACUUGCCCUCCUUCAAUGUGAAGGGGUGGCGGUCACCACUUGUAAAGAUAAAUAAUAAAGCUGGCAUUUGCUUCUAUGAGCCGAUUCCAUCAUUGUAUGACGCUUUAUGACUAGGUAAUGAAGGGUUUCUUUGAGAGGGCUGUUGCUUCAAAAUGUUCUUCUAAAAGUUUAACUGAUACAUCAAAUAGUAGUCCACCAUCUGUUUGUUCAGACCCUGUAUCCAGUGAUAGCAAGUUCCCCAAGGCCUCCUUAUGGUCAAGUUUCUUUGCUUCAGCUUUCUCGAUCUUUGAAACACAUAGUGAACCAUCAGCUUGUGAAAACAAGGCAGUUCAUAGUGAUUCAUCGGUUUGUGAAAAAAAGGCAGUUCAUACUAGACAUAAUGGGUGGACAUCAGCUGUGAGAAAAGCUGUGGCUACUGGCUCAAUGAGGAGACUUCACGAACGAGUGCUAGGGUCAAGCAGGACUGGCAUUUCUAGCUCAACAAGUGACAUAUGGCUUUUAGGUGUGUGCUAUAGAAUCUCACAGGAUGAGUCAUCUGGAGAUACUGAUACUAGCAAUGGAUUAGCAGGAUUUGAACAAGACUUUUCAUCAAGAAUUUUGAUGACAUAUCGUAAAGGUUUUGCUGCUAUUGGAGAUACAAAGUAUACCAGUGAUGUAAACUGGGGUUGCAUGCUUCGCAGUAGUCAGAUGCUUGCUGCUCAGGCAUUGCUUUUUCAUCGAUUAGGUAGAUCCUGGAGGAAACCUCUGCAAAAGCCAUUGGAUCGAGAAUAUAUUGAGAUUCUGCACUCUUUUGGUGAUUCUGAGGCAUCACCUUUUUCUAUCCACAAUCUUCUUCAAGCCGGAAAGGCUUAUGACCUGGCUGCUGGGUCAUGGGUGGGCCCUUAUGCCAUGUGUCGCACAUGGGAAACUCUAGCCCGCAUUAAAAGAGAGGUAACUGACCUUGAGGACCUGCCACUUCCUAUGGCUGUUUAUAUUGUUUCUGGAGAUGAAGAUGGGGAGCGAGGUGGAGCUCCAGUUCUUUGCAUUGAUGAUGUCUCAAGACAUUGUUUCGAAUUUUCAAAAGGUCAAGCUGAUUGGACGCCCAUUCUUUUACUUGUUCCUUUGGUUCUCGGACCUGAAAAAGUCAAUCCCAGGUAUAUUCCAUCACUGCGGGCAACAUUUAUGUUUCCACAGAGCCUUGGCAUCUUGGGUGGGAAGCCUGGGGCUUCAACUUACGUCGUUGGUGUGCAAGAUGAAAAAGCUCUCUUCCUUGAUCCACAUGAUGUUCAACUGGUAGUUAACAUCAAUAGGGAUGAUUUAGAGGCUGAUACUUCAUCGUAUCACUGCAAUAUCAUACGGCACAUAUCAUUAGACUUGAUUGAUUCAUCCUUGGCAAUUGGAUUUUAUUGUCGAGACAAAGAUGAUUUUGAUGAUUUUUGUCUCCGGGCUUCCAAGCUGGCAGAUGAAUCAAAUGGUGCUCCAUUAUUCACCGUGGCUCAGAAACAUAAUUUGUCUAAGCCAGUUAGUCACCCUGAACUGUUGGUUGACACUGAUGGGAUUCAAAAAGAUGAUUCCUUUGGUGUGGAGCCUAUCAAUGAUGCUGAGGGUCAUGCACAUGAUGAUGAGUGGCAACUCCUUUGAUUAAACCUUACUUCGUGGGUCCAAAUGCCAGCAUGUAGGUUGGAAUGUUCUGUCAAAUGAUUUUUGCUGUUGUUGGGCCUUAUGCAAUUCCACGGGGUCCUCACUAGCACCACAAUGCCUGCCAAGUUCAGUUGACCCGUGACUCUGUGCCUUAGCUCGAGCUUGUUGGAUCUGACAUUUGUAGAAAGUAGAUUAAUUUAUUACGAUUCUUUUUUAUUAUAUUCACUCUUAAAUAAUUUUCAAAAGUGUCAAUAUGUUCAGUUAUUUGAGAUGUUUGUAAUGUAUAUGGCAAAUAUACCAGCUUUUGUCCUUUUUUAUUUUCUCAUGUGGAAUGAUACCCCCUCCCCCAAGGACAAGGAUUAUCUCCAUUUUAUAUGGAAACAAUAUCCAUUUUAUUGAUCAAGAUUUAAAAUUGGUAUA